AUGGAUCUCCUCAACGGGACAGUGCAGGAGUUUGUUCUGCUCGGCUUCCGAACGGGCCAACAGGGGCGCCUCCUGCUCUUCACUUUCUUCGUAGCAGCAUACACCUUCACGUUGGUGGAGAACUUCAUCAUCAUCAUGGUCAUCACUCAAGAUGCUCACUUGGCCCGCCUUCCUAUGUACAUCCUCCUAAGCAACUUCUCCUGGCUGGAGAUGUGUUACGUGAGUGCCACCAUGCCACGGAUGCUCUUUGACUUAUCCUCGCCAGGCGGGGUCAUCUCCUUCCAUGCUUGUUUCCUCCAGUUUUACAUCUUUUUCUCCCUGGGCACUAGCGAAUGCCUCUUCCUCUCAGCCAUGGCCUUGGAUCGGUAUCUGGCCAUCUGCCACCCACUGCGCUACCCACAAAUCAUGUCCAAAGAUUUCUGCCACAGCUUGGUAGCUGCUUGUUGGGUGGUUGGCUUCCUAUGGUAUGUAGCACCCGUGGUUUUGAUCUCCCGGUUAUCUUUCUGUGGUUUGAACACCAUUGAUCACUUUGUGUGCGAUUCUGGGCAACUCCUUGCCUUGGCUUGCCCGCCAUUGGGGUACCUCCCUCUCUUCUGCUACAUCGUCACUUCUUCUAUUGUCCUGGCCACUUUCCUCUUCAUUGCUGCCUCUUACGCAAGCGUCAUUUUCACCCUGGUGAAAACAUUCAGCCAAAGUAGCGGCAUCAAAGGCUUUUCUACCGUGUCUUCCCACCUCGUGGUGGUGGCACUUUUUUACGGAUCUGUGGUCGCUAUGUACAUCGGAGGACGCAGCGGAGAAAGACACAAUGAGAACACCAAAGUGAUGACUCUGUUCUACUCCACAGUUGCCCCGCUGCUGAAUCCUCUGAUUUAUUGUCUCAGGAAUGAUCAAGUGAAGGAAGCAUUGGCCAGGCUUUUGAGAAGGAAGAGGGUGGCUUAA